AUAGUUUUAAACAUUGUCCGUGGCAGCAACUGAAGAAGAUCAUCAACAAACAACAAGAACAACAUCAACCACAUGCCACGCUCAGUGAAAGCAGUCGACAGCAGCAACAACAAUAUGUAGGCGGCACACAGCAGCAGCAGGUGCAACAGCAACAACAACAGCAACAACAACAACAACAGAACUCAAUUCAAGAAAGAUUCAAGAACCAGUAGCACCGUCCCAUCCACAACUAUAAGAACACACUGUUUAAUACAAAAUAUACCACACGGAGGAGGAGCAAAGAGAAGGAUUUUCAACAUCGGAGUCCCGGACAAGCAUGCAGCACGUGAGCGCUGCCAGCUCGGUGCCAUCAGUUGUAGCCCCGGUCGUGACCACUGGUGGAACCACCAUCACCCUCGGCGGACCGCCGCCCUUGCCUAAAUCUGAGAACAAAGAGAAUGGCAAACCGCCGCACGGCAUAGAAAUGUACAAGGUUAACAUUAAGGAUAUCUCCCAGCUGUUUACAUACCACGAGGUCUUUGGAAAGAUCCACGGCGAUGUGGUCAAUCAUCAGCUGGCGGCGGCGCAUGGCGGGCAACUGCCGCCGCCACCACCCCUGCCACCGCAGACGCAUGCCGUGAGUGCAGCAGCAGCGGCGGCCGCCUCGGCGGCGGGAGGCAACGGCCUGCCGGUGGCGACGAGCUCCGGCGGCCAGCAGGGCAGCGCUACGGUGACCACGACCAGUUCGACGGCGAGCAGUGGCAGCGGCAACAGCGGUAGCGGGGGCACCACAACCACGGCGGGUGAGUUGCUUAUGCCUAAAAUGGAGGGCGGCAUUCAUGGCGUGGACGGGCAGUCGACCGUGGCGCUGGCCCCAGACGGGACGCCCAUUGCGACGGGGACCCAUGUGUGCGACAUUUGUGGCAAGAUAUUCCAGUUUCGGUAUCAGCUGAUCGUGCACCGUCGCUACCACAGCGAACGCAAGCCGUUCAUGUGUCAGGUGUGCGGACAGGGUUUCACCACGUCGCAGGACCUGACACGCCAUGGGAAGAUCCACAUCGGUGGCCCCAUGUUCACCUGCAUCGUGUGCUUCAAUGUGUUUGCCAACAACACCAGUCUGGAGCGGCAUAUGAAACGUCAUUCCACGGACAAGCCAUUCGCCUGCACCAUUUGCCAAAAGACCUUUGCCCGCAAAGAGCAUCUGGACAAUCACUUUCGCUCGCACACGGGCGAAACGCCCUUCCGUUGCCAGUACUGCGCCAAGACGUUCACGCGCAAGGAGCAUAUGGUUAACCAUGUGCGCAAACACACGGGUGAGACGCCACAUCGUUGCGAUAUUUGUAAGAAGUCCUUUACGCGCAAGGAACACUAUGUUAACCACUACAUGUGGCACACAUUAUAUAGGAAUGCGAAGUUUCUUCCUCCUCCUAUUGAGCCGCCGGAUCUUCUAUUCAAUCUCUUUGUGUAGUUAUCCAUGAUCCUUCAAUUCCAUAACUUAUCUUGAAGUAAAAGUCUAUCUCUCUUAUUUCUUGAAAAUAUCAUUUUAGUUCAAAGGGAAUAGUUUAUAUAUAUAUAUCAUGAAAAAAGUCUUAUCCUAUGUAUAAGCUAUGUCUUAAGCUCACGCUGGUACAAAAUAUGAAACGGAAAUUCUGUUAUUUGGAAUCCAAUGAA